AUGGCGAAGCUCUUUGUAGGUGGCCUGGCAUGGCAUACGGACGAGGCGACCCUGCGCCAAAAGUUCGAGGAGUUUGGCCCCGUUGAUGAAGCGGUCGUGGUUAAAGACCGAGACACUGGUCGCAGCCGCGGUUUCGGCUUCGUGCGAUACACCAACGACAAUGAUGCGGAGAGCGCCAUUGCCGCCAUGAACAACAUCGAGUUUGACGGUCGAACGAUUCGCGUCGAUAAGGCUUCAGACCGCGGAGGCGGCCGAGGCGGCCCUUCGAGCUUCGGGGGACGAGGCGGCUACUCGCAGUUCAACAGCUACAACCAAGCUCCCGGCUAUUCUUCGAAUGGCCAGAUGUACAACGACGGCUACGGACGCGGCUACCCCCCGCAGCAGCCCGGAUACCCUGGUCCCCCGCAGGGCUAUGCCCCUCCUUCCUAUGGAUACCCGGGCUCGUCUCAGCCGCAGCAGCAGUCCCCAGGCUACCCGCAACAGCAGCCGCCGCCCCCGCAUCAAGGCGGUCGAGGCUACUAG